AUGCAAGUCGAUCGAACGGAUGGAGCCCCGAAAAGAAGAGUGAGGGAUACGCGUGUUCUCGAAUGUAAGUACCCCAAAGCAUAUUUAGCUGCAAUAUACCUAUUUAGGGCGCAGAACAACCAUAUCAAUUUUUGCGCCCCACGGGGUCCCCGAACGAACGGACUGCAGAUCAAUGAAGGAUCCUGCAACGGCAUUCCCAUGGGUGCCAUUCCAUCGGUCGACAAUAUGGUUUCCUCCAUCAUCCUGACUCCCGCCCCAGAUGACAUCGUCAGAGUCAACAAACCAAUUGAAUUUAGGAUCCGAGUUACAAACCUUGCAACAGGUUACUUCACAAAUCCCGCUGAGACAUAUUUCGCUGCACCACAGCUAGUAAAUGAAAAAGGCCUCAUUGAAGGUCACCUACAUGUCACGGUCCAGUUUUUGGGAGACAAAAUUAACCCGCAGACACCUCUCGAUGCGAGCAACCCAAUUUGGUUCAAGGGCAUUAGAAACAAGGCUAAUGGAGACGGCAUUCUCUCCGCGACUCUGGACAAAGGUCUUGAGAAGCCAGGCUUCUACCGAGUUUGUACAAUGGCCGCCGCAGCCAAUCAUCAGCCUGUCCUUAUGCCGGUUGCUGCACGUGGCGCUCAAGACGACUGUACAAAAUUCAGAGUAAAGUGGUAG